AUGCCAGCCAUAAAGAUCAAGAUGUUGGCGAAAGCGCGGUCUAUGACUCUUAGGUCUCGGCAAACUGUCACGUUAUACGCCUCAGACAGUUACGAAUUGGAAAAGUGGAACACGCUGCUGGCGGAUGCUCAGAGAACACCAGUCAAAAAUCUCUCUGAUUUUGACGUCGUCGACGAGCUCGGCAGUGGCGGCUAUGGAACUGUCUUUAAGGCAGAGGACAGGAACACGGGAGAUGAAAUGGCCGUGAAAGUCAUCCACAAGAAGACUCUGCACCAAGAUGUUCGGGUGUACAGAAAUGCUUUGGCAGAGCGUCGGAUCCUAGAACUCGUGCGGGGGCACCCGUUUGUAUUGGGUAUGCACUUCGCAUUCCAAAGUGCUCACAAGUUGUACUUGGUCACAGAAUUAUGCCACUCUGAUCUGUACGAUUUUAUAGACGAAUCGCUCGCAAGGGGCCGAGUCGCUUCCGAGUCCACGGCACGAUGCCUCAUAGCGGAGAUGACGCUGGGCUUGGAGCAUCUCCACGAAAGGGGUGUUCUUCAUCGGGAUUUGAAACCCGAAAACAUCCUGAUAGAUAAGAACGGCCAUCUCUGCCUUGCCGAUUUCGGACUGGCGAAGCAGCUGCAGUGGAAUAUCGAGGGCAGGCUGGUGCGAGCACGCUCUCGUGUUGGAACACCGCAGUACAUCGCGCCCGAUAUGAUACGACAUCAGUCGUACGAUACGAGCGUCGACUUUUGGGCAAUGGGUGCGAUUCUGUAUGAACUUCUCACCGGGCAGCGUCUUAUUCGCUCGAGAAACAUGCGCCAUAUUUUCUUCGAGAUCACGCAUUUGAAAAAGACGGCUGUCCCCGGUUUGUCUCCCGCCGGCAUGAGUUUUCUUCGACGGUUACUGGAAAAAGAUCCCUUGAAGCGCCUUGGAUCCGGCAUUGGCGGCACAACAGAAAUCAAAAAUCACGAGUGGCUUGCCGGAGUCGACUGGGAAGCCAUCAAGGAAAGGGCAUCAGAUUCGGGGCCUUUGUCUGAUUUCAUCUUGUCAAAGAUUCGGGGGAGCUGCACACGUCGAGGCUAUGCACAGCGACCAAUAAAUCGCAACCAGCGGGGAAAUCGUACAAGAAGGCAAAUCUACAGGGAUUGCUUGAGGGACCUUCACUAUGUAUGUACAAACUUGAAAAGAGAGCUUGACGAGGAUAUCCAACCGGUGAACUGCAUGUUUACGAAUGACGAUGACUCUAUUAGCAACCUUGUUCCCCUCUCCAGCAGACCAGAAGCACCGAUGAGUCGAAAAAGCAGACAUAUUAUUGCUGGGUAUCGUUUUUCCCCAAGAAUGUGAGCUUCACAAAGCACUGUUUUAGUGACAAAUGGUUUCCAAUCCCGGUGACUCGCCACGGGCUUCGAGCUCCAAGAAAAAGAUUCCCCACCGUGUACGGUGCCUCAUUUACACCCAUCUUCGAGCCGAAGGCUUAGGUAUCACUUCACUUGUAAUAAACGCUCUGGAAUAUAUACU